AUGUCCGACUCAGGCCCAGCAUAUCCGAAACGCCAAAGAAUAUCACAAGCCUGUAAAGAAUGUCGAAAGCGCAAGUCAAAAUGCGGAGGUGAAUACCCAUCCUGUCUGGUCUGCGUCUCGACGAAUCGCGCGUGCUCGUAUGACCAGAAUUUCCGAAAGCGUGGAUUGCAAACUGGCUAUGUGCGAGCUUUAGAAGCGCUGUUAGGUACAAUCGCCCGCGACUCUCCCGAAAUUGAACGGAAGAUCCGGGCAUCACUCCGUUCGCGAGACUUGCAAGGCGAACUGGACGAGAACCGGUUCACGGAUGUUGCUGUCGAGACCUGGCGGAAAUCUGGUCUCUCAAAAGACAUCGAACAACUUCUAGCAGCCUCAGAGGCUGUUUUUAGCACCUCCAGUAUAGCUCUUUCGCCAAUCUCCUACUCAGAUGUCGAGGAUGAGCAGGGGAACGGGGCUACCGGUCUGCAAGAAUCUACGCAGCAGCCGUCCUUAGCUUUACAUGCUUCUCCUGCUUGGGAUGGUCCAACUCAGAGCCUUCCUGAUUGCUUGUUGCCACUAGGAACCUCGGAACUGGUCGAAUUUUACUUCUCACAAAUCCAGUGCUGGUUCCCGGUCUUGGAACGCCGAGACAUCCUGCGCAUUCUCCAUUCGGAGACUCCUCCUUCGGUUCUUACAAACAGCGACAAGGCUCUGAAAUCGUGUCUCUGGGCUAUAUCUGCCUUGGUGACUGCUCAAAGACGCUUUAGGUCCAAGGUACGCCUCACUUACGAGCAGGUGCUGGUCGGUCUUUGUCUACAACUCAAUGAACACGAACAGCAACCAGAAUUGGGCCAUGUUCAAUCUAGAGUAAUCACUGCUCUCCUGAGAAUCGGUUUGGGUCAGCUCCAUGCUGCGUGGACGACGAUCGGUGCGGCGAUUAGAAUGCUUCUCGGGUGCCAAUAUCGUCCUCCGCGCUACUUGCACACUUUAUUUGGGUGCAUCAUGCUUGACAACUAUCUCUCUUCCCUUUUGCGAAAAGGUUCCUACUUUCCACCAAGCGACCAAAUAUAUCUCGCCAAGGUGGACGAAGAUUCAGUGGAAGAAUGGGAAUACUGGAUCCCGCCCUCGGAGUGUACAGCUGUUGUCGCCGAUGGGAAGAGAACCCCGCUGCGGUCGCUUAGUAUCCUGAAUUUCAUGACUCAGCUUAUGUAUCACCUUGCAAAGAUCAAUGAUCCAAAUGUGGAUGAAGCAAGGCUUGCUGAAGGUAUCACUGCUCUGCAGACCUGGAAGGAAAAUCUGCCAGGAAAUCAUCAGAUCUCAAGCUCUGGUUUCUCCAAUCCCUCUCUUUUGAAUUUACAUCUGAUGUGGAAUUUCGUCAUGUGCACUUUGCUGAUGAAGAUCACUACCCCCCGAAACUCUAUUGUUGAAUUGGCAGAACAAAGCGCAACUUCUACUGUGGAUCUCCUCAGCAUCAUUUCAAGAGACACGGGCAUGCAGACUCCGCUGUUGCUGGGAUAUGCCUCUCAAGCUUGGACCUGUUUGCACGUUCUAGUUUGCCCUGAGGCAGACAGCAGUGCAUGUUCGGCCAUGGCGAGGCUUCUCGAGCUGAAGGAGAGCUUUCAUCAAUAUUGGCAAACAGGCGACUGUGGCCAAGAGAACCAGCCGCAUGAGGCUGCUGAGAUUGAACAAUCUCAUCCAGGCGCUCCAGGGAGGACGCUGUCACCGUUGCUUGGAACGGCUUCCUUGACUAUGGAUGCUGCACGUCCAAUUCCCGAUGAUACGUCUGCCGAGGCCGACCGCCAUCAGAGAUCUCUCUUUCAAUCUUUUCCAGAGGUACAAACUGCGACCACCCAUCCUCGGGGUCUCGCUACGAACCAGGCUUUACCAGCAGAAAUGGGAGCUAGUAGCGAGCUGGAAAACCUUGAUGUGCCCAGCGCAGACCAAUUCAGUGAUGUCAAUGAUUUUGAUGCCAUCUUCACUCAAGGGUCGUGGAUAGCGCCGAUGAGGAGGUAA